AUGACCCAAAAAAUGGCUUCAGAUCGAAAAACAGAUGUGAAAAGUGAAUUAGAAAGUAUCGGACGAUGUUUGGAAGGUGAAGAACUGGUGAAAGCGUUAAUGGAACGAGUUGUGGCAACCGAAGAAGAGAAGACUACUUUAGCAAGCAAGGUUGAAGAACUGUCGAAGAUGCAGAAAAUGUCUACUGGUCUAAGGAAACAAAAUGAAUUGUUAACCAAGAAAGUGGAAACAGUUGAAGGAGUGUUGAUGAAGACCGAACUAGCAAAAUCAAAGUUGGAAAAUUUAUGUCGAGAAAUGCAAAGGGCACAACGGAAAGCUCAUGAGGAACACGUAGAGAGAUUGCGUGAGUUGGAAAGAAAUCGUAAAGAUAUGAUCGAACAGUUCAAAGAAUCACUGGCCGGAAUUCAGAAAUCUAUGGAGUCGGGACGAGAAACAUCUGAAAAACUGACAAACGACAACGCAGUGCUGUCGGAGAAAUUGAAAAUUUUGGCACAAGAAUAUGAAAGCAGAGUUGCUGAGCUCUCAAAGCAAUUUGCCGAAAAGACAGAGUACUAUGAGAAGCUGACAGCGGCUCGUGAUAUGGAAGUGGAAUUAUAUAAAACAAAGCUUCAGGCUGCUGCAUUGGAUACGCAGAAAUGCACACAAGAGAAACUACAGUUACAGAGCGAGCUAUUAGCUCGUGAGCAGAAAGUAAAGGAAGUUCUCGAAGGAGAGAAGGUAAUGCGUGAACAGAUCGAUAAAUACACGAAGAAAUAUAAUGAAUUGCAUUUAAGCCUCAAUAAUUCAAAUGAAACGUUUGAUAAAUUCCGGCGUGAAAUGGAGCGCAUGAAUGCAAACGUCAUUAAAGUAGAGAAGGAUGCACGGAAAUGGAAAAUGAAAUAUGAUGAGACUGCCCAAGCUUUGGCAGCUGCAACUUUGAAAGUUAAAGAAUGUGAAGAUUUAUGCGCGUUAAAAGAACGACAGCUGCAACAAAUGCAAAAUUUGUGUCGCACUUUAAAAUCUCAAAUUCCUAACAACCAGUGA